AUUUAACAAAAUCUCGCAUUAUUUUCUCCUCACAAAUCCUACAACAAAAAAGAGAUCAAAAUUAAAGAGUGACUAUGGGAAGGAAAAAAAACACACUUGCAUGGGUAGAAAAUGACAACUCAAGAGCAAUAAGUUUGAAGAAAAAGAGGGAAGGGCUAGUGAAAAAGAUAAAAGAACUAUCUAUAUUGUGUGAUAUAAAGGUUUGUAUGAUCAUGUUCAGCCCUUAUGAGGUUGAACCUUUGGUGUGGCCAUCUGUUGAGAAGGCUCGUGAUGUCCUAGACGGUUUCUUUGCCUUACCGGAGAUCGAGAAGAAGAAAAAAGAGACGAGCCUCGAAUCAUACUUGAAGGAGAAGACAAAGAAGGUUCAUGAGCAAAUGAUGAAAACUCAUAAGAAGAACAUGAAUUAUGUCAUUUCUCAGUUGAUGGCGCAACUACAUCAUGGUCGUAAAAUUCAUGAUCUUAACUUGAGUGAGAUCUAUGCACUGAUAUCUUUCUCAAAGGAUAAUAUCAUACGUUAUAGGAAAGAGCUAGAUUUCGUGCAAUAUCCUUCUCUUCGGGAUCCACCAGUGCCACCGUUUGAGGUGCAAUUCGAGGAGUUUAUGACCACCACAAAUGAUGUUUUUGUUAGAAAGGGUCAGGAAAAUGAGAGAGUCUGGAAAACUAAUGAAGCAGGGAAAAGGAUUAGCAUUGGUACUGCAGUAAAGGGAAAUCAAACCUAUUACUUGCUAGAUAAAUGGGUUUUUCCAUCUUCUGAACCGCCUAAUCCUAGAACCCACCACCAAAUCGAGAUGGAUGUAGUAUCUGACAAGAAAAAUCCAAAUCAUAUUCCAAACCAAGGAGAGAGUAUCAACAAAAACUCUAAUUUAGAUAUGGUGCCGGUUGGAGCCUCAAUGAUAACCUUCAAUGGUUUGAUUGGGACUCGUGAGUUAGGAGUAAAAGAGGAAGGAAGCAUUGUCAACAAUGGCGACUUAAAAUUUCACAGGAGGAGUAACACUACAACAAUCAAUGAUCGUAUCCGUAAAGAGCCACCACGUAAUGGAACAUCCGCUAGGGAAGAUAAUGAUGGUGUGACGUCGUUUGAUAUGAAUAAGGUUUGGCCAAGCAUUAACAAUAAUCAUUCCUAGACUUCUAGUUGCUGUGUUUGUUUGUCUGUUUUAUAAAGUAUGGACUUUUAAAGCUUUUGUCUUGUCAUUUUGAAAUUGUGUUUCUUUGUUUGUUUGUUUUUGGAAUUGUGUCAAUCAUUUUAUCUCGUCAUUUUGGUUUACAAUGAUGUUUAAUUUCGUAAUUUCGAGAACUUUA